GAAACAUCCUAACUUCUCCUAGCAACCUACUAACCACUACCGCAAGUGUAUAGGAGCUUAUAGAUUAGAGUUAACCAGCCUUCUAAUAAGUAGACAGUGGCGGAACACAGCUCGACGCUCCUCGUAUCCUCCUCAAUGACUCUUGACGACCCCAUUGAUUUCGUCCCCUGAUUGCGACGGCUCCCUUAACUCAUUCACUCAAAGAUGUCGUCGGGACAUGAAGCUCACCAACACCCAGGCGACCGGGAUGAGGCGACACCGCUUCUCCCUCAUCACUCCCCUGGAAGCGGGAUGACCGCCCACGAGGGCGAGAGCGGCCGCAGCGGCUUCCACCCGCGGCAGUUCGUGUCGGUGCUCUGGCGCAGCUCGAGCAAGCUGUCGAUGCUGGUCAACGUACUCUGGCCCUUCGUGCCUAUCGCCAUCGUGCUACACUUUCUCGGGAACGCGCCGCUAUGGACCUUCGCGACGAGCUACAUCGGCAUGGUGCCGGCCGCCAACCUACUGGGCUUCGCCGGCCAGGAGUUCGCGCGCAAGAUGCCCAACAAGGUGGCCGGCAUCCUGAUCGAGACCACGUUCGGGUCCCUCGUCGAGAUCAUCCUGUUUGUCGUGCUCAUCGCCAACCAUGUUGUUGGUGAGGGCGAUAACAACGACAGCAGCAGCGAGGAGGGCAAUCUGAUCCCCGUCAUCCAGGCCGCCAUCCUCGGCAGCAUCCUCACCAACCUGCUGCUCUGCCUCGGCCUGUGCUUCUUCUUUGGCGGCAUCCGCCACGCAAACCAGAAGUUCCACGCCGUCGUGUCCGAGGUCGGCAACGGCCUGCUGCUGGUCGCCGCCUUUGGCCUGCUCAUCCCCAGCGCCUUCUACUCGGCCCUCAAGAACGAGGCCGCGUCCGAGUCGGCCGUCGUCGUCGUCUGGCACGAGAAGAGCUUCACACAGGGCAAGCUGCAGGCCGACGUGCUGCAGAUCAGCCGGGCGGCGUCGAUCGCGCUCAUGUUCGCCUUUGUGCUGUACGUCUGGUUCUGCGCUAGCAGCCAGCACAGCAUCUUUGACGAGGUCAUCGAGAUGGACGAGCACCGCGACGCCGACCGCGAGGAGGACCUGCAGAAGCCCAAGUUCACCAUGACGGAGACCGUGGUGGCGCUGGUGCUGUCGCUGGUCUGCGUGACGCUGCUGCUGGUUUUUCUGGUGGACGAGAUCGAGCACGUCGUGCGCAGCGGCGUGCCGGACCAGUUCCUCGGCUUGAUCUUGCUGCCGCUUGUCGAGAAGGCCGCGGAGCACUUGACUGCUAUUGACGAAGCGAGGGACGGCAUGAUCAACGUUGCGCUGUACCACUGCCUCGGCCCUUCCAUCCAGACAGCGCUCUUCAACGCCCCGCUCGUCGUGAUGGUCGCCUGGACCAUGGGCAAGCCGCUGGACCUCAACUUUGAAAUUUUCAUGAUUGGCCUGCUCGUCCUGUCGAUUUUGGUCGUUGGCAACUUUCUCCGCGACGGCGAAUCCAACUGGCUUGAGGGGGCACUGCUUGUGGUUGUCUACACCAUCAUGGCCAUUGCCUGCUGGUACUACCCGGAUCCCGACGUGGCAACCUCCAACGGGCUGGAAGGAUCUGGCUUGGUAAAGGUGACCAUGACCAAGGAGAUGCUGGAGCAACUCCAGCAGGUGCUAAGACUUGAACCAUCCGCCUGAUCAACUGUGACGAUACUAUGGGCGGCGUCUUACAUGGACAUACCAGUCCCCACCAGUUGACGUGGUCCCACAGUAGAGAGCACUGUAGUGUUCCAUCUUCUAGAUAUGUUUAGUCGCCUUGUGGAUUGUUCUCCGAUAAUUGCCUGUCCAGGGGACUUCUUUGUGACUAUGCUGCAAAGUCUGUAGGGACAACGCGCUGAAAGGGUAGGUGAAGCUUGAGAAGCGAGGCCUGGGUACCUACCUAACUUAGAAGUCGUCAGCGAUAGAAUGCUAGGCGAGGUGGCUGUUAGAUACAGCUGCAGAGCGAGCUUGAACUCCAAUUCCUGUGGAUUGAAAUAUUUUCUGUUGCUAGGGGAUGGCUGCUCAAACAAAGGGUAGCGUCAGAAUGACUUCUAAGUUGUG